AUAUUCAACAAUACGGUGAAGUGUUUAGUACGCAGCAACACAAACAUUAAUAAUAAAAUUCAUAAAAAUACGAUAAUUGUUGCAAAAUUUCCAAAAAUAUUCUCCGGCCAUUUAUUAUAGAAUUUAGUGUCUAAUAAAUUAAUAGUAAAACGAACUCGAACUAACGAAUUUUGAGAAGUGUAUACUUUUUUUGAGUGAUUUGAGUGAAUUUUGAAAGAGAUAAUGGCGCAAUUAAUAAGCGUUCGCUUACAAAGAACUGAUAAUACACCAUGGGGAUUUCGGUUACAAGGUGGUAAAGAUUUUGGAUCACCGCUUGUCAUUCAAAAGGUGAAUGGCAAUUCAAUCGCAGAACGUGCUGGUCUUCAAGCUGGCGAUGCUGUUCUUCGAGUAAAUAGCUCAGACGUGUUUAAUUUAAGACACAAAGAGGCACAAGAUACAAUUGUUCGUGCUGGUCCAAAUUUCGAAAUAACUGUACAAAGGGGGUCACAAACAUGGAAACCAACUGUAAUUCCAACAGGAACUAUUCCAACACCAUCACCACAUAUAAAUAAUAAUGUAACUGUUACAAAAACUUCAUUGGUAUCAAACACACCACCACAAAAACCAAUUGGUACCGGCCAUAAUGUACAACCAAAACCCUUCUUAAAUGGAAAUUCCGAUUUAAAAUUGGUCAACAAACAAUAUAAUUCACCAAUGGCAUUAUAUUCAGAGGAGAGUAUUGCUGAAACAUUAUCUGCACAAACUGAAGUGUUGCCAACUGGCGCACUUGGAGUAAAUUUCAAGAAGAAUGAACGUUCAUAUAAUGCUGAAAAGAGUGAAGUAUUGAAAAUGUUACAAGAAGCAGAAAAUGAUCCAAAGGAUGCAGAACCAGAAAACAAUGAACACCAAGGUGUUGUCACAUCACCUGCACCCGUAAAUGUAGCCGGUUUACGUCACGUGACAGCACCCAUAACAGCACCACCUAGUCAAACAUCAGCAAAUAAAUCAGGUUUACAACCAGGACAAAAUAUCUGUGCCGAUUGUGAGCGCCUUAUAGAAAUUCAUUUUUUAUAUAUGUUUUUUCUCGAAGCAAUAUCAUCCCGUUCAGAAUUUUAUUCACAUGCAAGUCAUGCAAUUGGAGGUCGUGCAACAUCACCUAGACCAUUAACUCCACUCGCACAAAAAAUGGGUGUAAAUCAAUCCACUACAUCUGCUUCUUCUACAGCAAAUAUUACAUCAUUAACACCACCGCCCUCACAUCGGCCAAGCUUACCAAUUACACAGGAUUCACCAAUUUGUACCGAUUGUGAAAGGGUCAUUGUAGGUGUAUUUGUACGCAUAAAGGAUAAGAAUUUACACGUAGAGUGUUUCAAAUGUUCAACCUGUGGUACAUCACUUAAAAAUGUUGGAUAUUACAAUAUUAAUAACAAAUUAUAUUGCGACAUUCAUGCAAAAUUAGCUGCACGUAGCAAUCAGCCUGGUCCAAACCUAGUUCCAGUCACCAUACCACCUGGUGGCAAAAUUCCAGCUGGAACUAUCUCAGCUGCAUUAGCCUCGCAUCCUUUACCAUCGGCUGGACCACUUUCACCGUCCUCGAACAGUAGUGGACCUCUUCCUCCUUACAGUAUUUUGAAUACUACUACAAAUAAUUUCGAUGAAAAUUUAUCAAAAAUUGAUGAUGUAGUUGACUAUAGUCACUCAAAACUGAAAUCAGAUACCCCAAAAUUAAAUGUUGAUCAUGUUAAAACAUUCGCAAAUAAUUUAAUUAUGAAAGAAACACCACAAUUUAAUAACAAUAAUGAUUUAAAUAAUAAAUUAAAUCGAAAAUUUGAUGAAGUCAAUAAUUCAGAUAAAAAAGUUUAUUUGACUGAAGCAAAAAUUAAUGUUAAUAAUGAUUUAAUUAUUGAGAAUGGUUUAAAUAAUCGUUUUGAGAAAGUAAUCGAUUUAAAUAAUGAAAUUAAAAAGAAGCCAUCAAGUAGCGUAUUGUCAGGACCCCGGCCAUUUUCAAGUAAUGCCGCGCCGUUAUCACCAUUAAGUCCUGUUAGUGCACCAACAAAUGCAGCACCUUUCUCCAAUCAUGCAGCCACAUUACCACGUGCUGCCACCCAAAAUUUACCCGCAUCUUUUAAUAAUUCCUUUAACUCAACGAUACGUCCAUUUUCCUCAGCACUAAUGCUUUUUAAUGCUCAACAACAAUAUUCAUCUGAAAUCAUUGAACAAACCAUUGUAGAAACAUCUGAAUCAACAAGCGUAGAACAAACCAUAGAUAGUAAUAAAAGUACUUGUUUAACCUGGCCCCCACCUAGGACUGACGAAGAAGUCCCCACAGCAACACCUUUAUAUGUACCCCCAUCUCCUUCAAAUCCUGUCCUUGUAAGGCCACCAAGAUCACUUAGUCAAACUAGAGAUCAAAUUUAUACAGCCGAAACUGGCGUAACUGAACAUCGUGAAUUUUCACAGAAAGAAGAAACUUCUCAAUUUACUGAACAAUCAGAACAAACGAAACAAGAAUAUCGAAAAGUAACAGCACCUGGUAUAAGAGUUACUUCCGAAGAUGAAUCAAUUGCAAAUGCAGCUAGUGGUCAACCAAAAAUGUCGAUUUGUUCGGCUGAAGUACAAGACAUUAAUACUGGUCGACGUAGUACCACUGAAUGUGCAGAAAAUAUUGUGGAAACUGUUGAUACGCAACGUCUAGUUGAAUCAAUUAAAGAACAGUAUGAUCGACCACCAUCGCCCCCUCCACCUGGAUUAUUAGAAGAAGAAAUUUGUAAACAAAAAGAAAAAAUAUUUGGUAAAACUGGGGAGGCAGAAUCAAAACCAUCGAUAAAUAAAGUCGAAGAAGUUACAAAUAUUGCAAAGAAAGUGGUGGAUGACGUUCAAAAACAACUUCAAAAUGUUGCCAAGCAAGUUGAUAUUGUACAGAAAAAAUUAGAAAAUGCCCAAGAAAAUAAAUUUGAACAAACGCAAGCUAUUGAAAAGAAUACUCAACAAUGCGUUCAACAAUCUAAUAUGCAACAAUCCAGUGUUCAAAAAUCUAGCGUACAACAAUCAUUUGAACAAGUUCAAAAUUUCCAACAGAUAUCACAAACAUCUCAAGUUUACCAGAAAUCUGCCGAAGUUAACAUUCAGUCAUCAAAUCUACAGGAAAUUCCACCACCAGCAAUUCCACAAAAUAUAUGUUCAAAUAAUCCACUAAAAGUAUGUUCACAAGUUUGUGAAAAUUCUAAUAAAACAAUAUGUACUGAAGUUGAAAACCUGCAACAAAGUUGUUUAAGGCAGCAACAAAGUUCAGAGAAAGUAGAAAUAUCUUCGAAUAUUUCUAACCCUGUUCCAAAAGCCUGGACUUCACCGUUAGUCACUGCUUUAACUACAGCGUCAUCUGCACCAUUUUCAACUCUAUCAACAUCAGAAUCGUACAUUUCUCAACAAAAUGAGCAAUCAACUGUUGAACUAACUUAUCCUCAUAGUGAUGGUAAAGUUGCCGCUCAAUCUUCAUCGUUGCUUACUUCUGGAUUGACAAUAGCACCAGAGCGUCCAUUUACUCCUGUUCCCCCUGUAUCGAAUGAACCGGUACCCUUACCAGAGAUGACAGAACCUUAUUUCCCACCAGAAAUAUCAAAAGAUCCAAUACCAAGGGCACCAGAAAAGUUUGAUCCAAAGACACCAAUGUUAGAUGCAUUAACAACGGCUCCACUAAGAAAAUAUACUCCAGUCACUAAGGAAGUUAUUGCACAACAAGAUGAUUUAAUGAAAGAUUUGCCUCCAGGGCCAUAUCCUCAGAUAGAUUUAUUAGGUGCAUUAACAACAGCACCUGAACGUCCAUUUACUCCAAUUUGGGGUAUGACUAGUGUAAAUGUUUCAAGUGAACCUACCGCACCGCCUGCGCAAGGGAAAGGGCCCACAGCUCAAACAGCUGCUCCUCCAAAACCAAAAAAACAGCAUACAGAUUUUAAACCAGCUGUGCCUAAGAUUGUUGCUGAAUCAAUUAAACCUCCUACUUAUAAACCGCCAGAAGUACCAGUUGUUAAAAGCUUCCCCCCAGUUUCAAAUGAAUUAAAAUGUACCUUCAAACCUAGUACCGAAUUUGGAGCUUCGAAAAUAAUUCAGUCAUCGACUCAACAAGGUAAAGAUUUUGUUUCUAAAGAAUUUCAUUCUGAAGAAAGGGAAUUUUAUAAAAGUUCAAGCGUAAAUGUUGUUAGUGCGACAGAGGCCCAAAUAAAUACAACUGCAUCUUGUACAAAACCGCAAACUCGGCCAGUAUCUGGUUUACAUGAAGCAACCCAGAUUCCAGCUUACCAACAAAAUUUGCAAAAUAUCUCGUGCCAAAAGUCAAAAGAAUCAACAACUCAGAGAAAAGUAAUGUCUGCAGAGCAUUCAGAAGAUAUAAAAGUGGGGACAUUAAAAACACAAUCCCAACAAUACUCACUCCAUAAGCCCGAUUCAAUUCCGUCAUAUCAAAGAGGUAUAAGCCCGGUUGGUGUUCGCAAAGCUGAGCCACCACAUUUUGAUAUUCUUAAAGAUGGUAAAGAGCAUGAUAAAGUAGUUGCUAAGGAGUAUUGUCACGAAAUAUCACAAAAAACUGUUGAGCCUCUCAACCAAGAAGUGCAAGAACUUAGACGAUCGGAGGCUGUUGCUCAAAAAACUUGGAAACCAAUUCAAGCAAUACAGUCAGUCCCACCACAGCCAAUAUCGCAACAAUUACCAUCCGUAUCCAUUACACAAGCUACUACACAAAAAGUUCCAAUUCAAACAAUUCAACCUGGUGAAAUACCACCAAAUAUUCCAACGAUGUCUUUUCAACCAGUAGUAGAUACUUCUUUACGUCCGGCAACUCCAAGCUCUGCACGACCAGCUCGAGCUGUAACUCCUAGUCUAAUUAACAAACCAGCUCCUAUUAUUCCGUAUUAUCAAAUGAGCCUAAUUCCAACCGAACAUUUGGCACCAGAAACUAAUUUAUAUGAUCCAAAAAGUCCUGAUAUUUCAAGAGCGCCCACACCACGGUUAGAUCGUGCCAAAUCUCCAAGUGGUCGGGCACAAUCCCCAUUUCCAAGAGCCCGUACUCCUGUACCUGCAGGACCACCUCCAAGUCCAUUAAGAGCUCAUGCUCCACGCGUUAAGCCUGAACCGGACCCAUCAGUGAAAAAAGAAGUGAGCUAUGUUGUUACUCAAGCUGCUAAUUACUUAGAAGAUCAAGCACAAAAGAAACAAGUUCAAUUUCAACAGAGUCCGCCACGUGGUAGCUUAACAACCAAUGAAUUUUCUGAAAACAUUAAAGCUCAAACAGCAAAUCUAAGAGCACAGGCAACUACUCAACAAAAAUCUGUUGAAACUUUAUCGGGUGGAUUAGUUCAAGUACAGCGAAAAAAAACCGUUACUGAAGAAUUCGAGCGAACUCGAAAACAAGUAGAUAUUGAACGUGCUACUAGCUCCUCAAGAACUACAAUCAAUCAAACAACUUCUGAAAAUGCUCCUUUUGUAAGACAGUUAUCUGUAGAAUCUGCCCAUGGAACUAAAACUUAUGAAACAUCGUCGGGUAAACCUGUACAAAUUCCAUCACCAGCUUUCAAGCCACCAGCUCCUCAAGAAAACUUGAAGAGACCCAAACCAAUUGGGGGAGUACCUACACCAUUUUCUGGAUCAUCUGCUUUUAAUCCAGUUCAAACAAAACCUUCUGGACUCCCCACUCCAAAACCAAUUGCUCCUGUGCCAACUUCUGUACCACCUGGUUUUAAACCACUUGCUGCAAGUGGUACAUCAUUUCCAAAACCUGAGAGUAAUGUACCAAAACCAUUUUCUGGAUCAAGUGCUUUUAAAACAUUUGCACCAAAACCAUCCGAAUGUUGUGGGGGCCCUCCUUGUCAAUCUACUGGUCUUAGUGCAUGUGCAGCUUUAAUCAAACCAUCAGCUAGUAUUGCAUUAGCCCCUGUUGUUGCUCCUACAACCUCAUCUAUACCAUCAACCAUUGACCCCCUCCCAAAUGCAGGUGCUGUCGGUGCAAACGCUGGACCAAAAUUUGGAGGAGGCGCAGUCAAUAGCAAGGGGAAACAAGCUGGGGCCGUGGGAGUUGCACCCCGUAGAGGUCGUGGUAUUUUAAACAAAGCAGCGGGUUUCGGUGCUAGGGCACCUCCUCUAUGUGGCCACUGUAAUGCAUAUGUCAGAGGUCCAUUCAUUACUGCACUUGGAAAAAUUUGGUGCCCCGAACAUUUCAUUUGUGCAACACCAUCUUGUCGUCGCCCAUUACAAGAUCUUGGAUUUGUUGAGGAACGUGGUCAAUUGUAUUGUGAAUAUUGUUUCGAACAAUAUCUGGCUCCAACUUGUGAUCAAUGUCAUAGCAAAGUAAAAGGGGAUUGUCUAAAAGCCAUUGGAAAACAUUUCCAUCCAGACUGUUUUAAAUGUGGUUAUUGUGGUAAAAUGUUCGGUAAUAAUCCAUUCUUUUUAGAAGAUGGUUUGCCAUAUUGUGAAGCUGAUUGGAAUGAAUUAUUUACUACAAAAUGUUUCGCUUGUGGUUUCCCAGUCGAAGCUGGCGAUCGUUGGGUUGAAGCCUUAAAUAACAACUAUCAUAGUCAAUGCUUCAAUUGCACUAUGUGUAAAAAGAAUUUAGAAGGACAAAGUUUCUACGCAAAAGGAGGCCGUCCAUUCUGUAAAAAUCAUGCACGUUAAAAAAGUCCUAUAAAAUUAAAGUUUAAUAAAAAUUAAAAACACAAUAAAUUAAAGCUCAAAAUAUCUUGCCAAGCUUAUUUUAAGGAUUUUAAAUGAAAACACUUGUAAAAUAAAACCUUACAUAUUAUUUACAUAUACUUUUAUUUUCAUG